UAUAAACAACUUAAAUGCCAUCACUAACUUUAAGCUUUUAAUGUAAACUUUCUUUCUUUAGUAAACAAAUAAAAGAACUGUGGUCAUUUAAAAAUUAGACAUCUUACGUAGAGACUCAAUCUGAACCAAACAAGAUGUCAAAUUCGAAUGUUUUAACAAUUGGAAAUGAAAGUAGCGAAUCACUAGACAAAUUACACUCAACAAAGAACUCUAAAGCGAAUUUUGAUAUUGCCUUUGAGAAACGUAUGCAGAAGUUACUUCUUGAAGGCGAUAAGCCACCAAAACUUGAUGAAACAUCAAUCGACAGAUUUGCAGCCACUGAGAUAAUGAAAAAUGGUAAACAAUAUUACGAGUUCGGCCCUGAUAAUUUCAAAAAUGGAACAAUAAUAAGUGCGGUUUUAUUUGAUCCCAAAGGCAUGCUUUUACGUGUAAAAAAUCGAAUCGGUAAAGAACACUGGGUUAACGAAAACGUAAUUCAGUAUCGAAAGAACUCAAUGAUAUACAUUCAGCAAAUUGUUUCGGAUGCCUUACGAGAGGAAGAAAUGGAAAUCUAUCAAUACUUGCGAUAUCUAAAUAAAAGUGCCUGUACAAAGUGAUAUUUUCCUAGAUUUUAUAAAAUAAAAGUAUAUAGUUGUUAUACAAAUUAUUUUUAUUGUAUUCAACAAUUUAGACUUAAACUUUUAAUAUUAAUUUUUAAAAAUAUUGUGUUAUGAUAUUAGUGCCUCUUAAUUUAUUUAUUUACCAAUUUAAUAUAUUUGUAAACUAAAAGGUUCAUUGCUACUCUUGAGCUUUUUAUUGUAAACUUUCAAUUGUGAAAUCGAUUAAUUCUAUUUAUGUGAUAUGUAAAAGGUUUCAUAGUUUAGUUGCUUAGCAGGUGUUUAAAGAUACAGUGUCUAAUAAUGGCAAAUAAAAGAGAUUCGUCUAGAAUUACUAAAACGGA